AUGGGAACGAGCUAUGGGAGCAUGCUGAACGAUUUGGAUGGAGCUUUGAGUCAGUUGAAGACCUCUUUUGGGAAGGGGGCUGACAUGAAGCGGCAGAAUAAGAAUCCCUUCAAAGCAGGAAGUGUUGAACGUUUCCAUUUCAACAACAGUUUGCGCGCUGAGACUGACCCCCGUGUUGCUGAAGCAGAAGCAAAAGGAACCUUACCUGAUAUAGAACAUGUGAAGCCUGCCUCGCACACAGCUGAAUUACGUUCAGUGGGAGCUAUGAUCGGCUUACGGGCUGCCCAUGGGAGGCACCGCUUGGAGAUUGCGGAAUUCUACUCAAACGCACAGGCCCAGAUGAAACAUUGGUUCAGUCUGAUUGCCGCUUACUUCCCGGACGUGAGCGACGAGAAGAAAGAGGAGAUCCUUCUGCGCUGGGUACCCCCUACCAAGGAUGCGGUCUCAGUCACUUCACCUCCCAAGGGGUUUUACGCUCCUUAUUUGGCCGAUGUACUGGGAAAAUUGGAGCAUGAAGAGGAUGGAAAGGAUUUCACUAACCUCAAAGAUGUGGUUGAUGAUUACAGACGGCAGGAAUUUGUGUUCAGCAGGGUCGGUGUGAGCCGAGAAAAAGCCAGCCACUGGACACCAAAGGCCAUCAAGGAGUUGAAACCACCGAUCGGGACAUUGGUGUGGCAAUGGACAGCAUCAGCUUUCCAAGCUUACUACCCAAUGCCUCAAAAAAUGAUUGACGAGAAAAUCAGCAAGGCAAGAAAAAAGGGAAAAGGAAAGGUAAAGACAAUGUGGUCCAUACAUAGGGGUUACGCACAAAAGCGUACAAAACUGAAGGCUUUGCAAGAAGUCACCAAGUGGCUUUGGAAGACUCACAGCAACAACGGUGGGGAUGCUUCGAGUGAGCCGUCCAAAAAGGCCGUGGAGGAGGCUUUGAAAGUAGCAGAGUCUGAGGACAACGCAGUGGGUGGCAACGGGGAGGAUGAUGUUGUCCAAAUACCAAGAGACGUCAUGGAAGUGAAACCAGACAAAGCAGGGAAAGAUGAGAAAGAAGCAGACUUAGACAGCGAGAUCAGUGGUCCACAUGAAAGUAGCAAAUCGAGUUCAAGCAGCAGCAGCAGUUCAGGUCCUUCAGCACCCAAGGGAAAAACAGCCAAAGCGAAAGCUAGCAAAGCAAAGGCAGAACCAAAGAAAGGGGCUGGACGUGGAAGGGGACGGGGUACAGAACUUCCACCGCCAAAGGCGGAGGUCCCCAAAAAACGCCUAGUUCCCUUGGACACAUCCGAUGUGAAAAUCAACCAGAAUCUCAAAGCACGCUUAGAUCAGAUUUCUCAAGACGCUGCCGUUGGAACCUCUGGCAGUGCAUCUUCCAGCGGGAAAGCACCAGCUGGGAAGAGAAGGAAAACUUGA